GGGCCUGGCCCGAAGCUUGAGGCUCGAGGUGCACCAGCCCCUGAGGGCUGCGGUGGCUCCUCCCUGCAGCCCUGCCUUGAGGAGCUCGCGGGGACGCCCAGAGACCCCUCCUUCUCUCUUGCUCCGGGGGCCUCUUUGUCUUACACAGGCUUUUGUCUUGAGAAUAAAUGUGGGGCCUGCGGAUCCCAGCAAGGCCUGCUAGGUGUAAGCGAAGGCUUUUCUGUGAACCAGAUUCUAAUUAAAUAUUGUUCUCUGCACACCUGUGGUGUUGGUUGUGAUGGCGUUUGCAUGGGAUGCACCACCUUUGUUUUGAUAGGGGUCAGACAGCGACCUGAGAUGCCCAAUCCCUCUCUAGGGAUUUGCUAGCCACUUGCAGAAAUGACUCCCUGUGGUUUCUUGGUGUUUUGGAAGGUUCUUUGCACAACACUAUUUGCACGAGGGGACAUUAGUAAAAACUUCUUUGGAGGUUUGCACGUGAGCCCUGGAUAUCUGAAAGUAAAUGUUUAAAAAAUGUCCAGAAUCUAAUAAAAUUGAUUUAUAUUAUUUGAGGCUUGAAUCAACCUAUUCUUCCUCUCUAUAUGUCUUGUAUCGAUUACUAGCCACCUAACUAUGGCAAUACAAUAUUUCAGCACUCAGAUUUGUUUCUAAAGUGUAUUUUAGCCACAAAAUUCCUUUAAAAAACAAGACAAAUCCUUAUAUUGCUCUCUUUAAUGGCUGAGUUACUGAUGAAUAAUAAUGAUGAAACAAAAUGAAAAUAAAGACAGUAGGAUCCCCUUUCAAAGAGCUAUCCAUGUGCCAGCCUCAGGGUAAGAAACCCACAUGUUUAUACAGUUAUUUAUAUGUAAUGUGGUUUUCAUUCAGGAUUUUAUAAAGAUUUGCAUACGUUUGUUUCCUUAUAGUCUGUCACUCUUAUUAAUCACUUGCUGUAACAAGGAAAAUGAAUGAAUUGCUGAAAUGAACUAUAUACCAUAAGAAUUCAAAACAGUACUUUUCUGUUGCCAGAGUUGGCAUGAUGGACUUGUGAAGGAAUUCCCUUUGGACUAGGUACAGGGUAGCUGGUGUCCAGGCUAACGUUAGUGCAUAAUUGCAUUUCCCUCAAAACUGGCAGACUACUAGUAACCUUGACCUUCACUAGCAUUUUAAAAUUAUUAGUUUCCUAUGUAUAUUUUAGUGCUAUAGACUGCAGUUCCACAUUAGACUCACUUUCAGUAUAUCACUUUACACUGUUGAUCUAUAAUUCAUCACCUGAGCACACCAAGGGAGGCAGUGUUGUGAACUGUUCACUGUAAACUACUUGGUGGAACCAUGCUUUUUAUUUUUAAAAUAUAUAAUCAUAUUUAAAAUCAAGUAAGGUUUAGAUUUGUUCCUGAUUUUCUUUGCAAAUAUGGAUUUGUUAUCUGAGGGUUGCAGUUGAUGGGUAUUUUGAUACUAUAUUAAUAUGUUUGCUGCUGCUACCAAGAGCUUUGUCAAGCAAGUUGGAGAUGGAGGGAGAUUAGUUCCUGUUCCAAGCCUCAGUGAAGCUGACAAAUACCAACCUCUAAGUCUGGUGGUGAAAAAGAAGCGAUGCUUUCUGUUUCCUAGGUACAAAUUUACCUCGACACCCUUUACGCUGAAAGAUAUUCUUCUAGGAGACAGAGAAAUUUCAGCUGGUAUUUCAUCUUAUCAGCUACUGAAUUAUGAAGAUGAAUCAGAUGUUUCACUCUAUGGAAGGCGAGGCAACCAUAUUGUGAAUGAUGUGGGGAUUAAUGUUACUGGAUCAGAUUCUGUUGCCGUCAAAGCUUCAUUUGGUGUAGUCACUAAACAUGAAGUGGAAGUUUCAACAUUACUCAAGGAAAUUAGUUCACGAAAAAUUAAUUUUGACCACAGCUUGAUACGUCAGUCAAGGAACAGCAGAAAGGCAGUAUUGUGUGUUGUCAUGGAAAGCAUUCGAACCACACGGCAGUGCUCACUGUCUGUGCACGCUGGAAUUCGUGGGGAAUCCAUGCGGUUUCAUUUUAUGGAUGAACAGAAUCCCAGGGGAAGGGACAAAGCUAUUGUUUUCCCAGCACACACAACCAUCGCUUUCAGUGUUUUCGAACUCUUCAUCUACUUGGAUGGUGUCUUUGACCUUUGUGUCACUUCAGUGUCAAAAGGAGGAUUUGAGAGGGAAGAGACGACAACAUUUGCCGUGCUCUACAGGCUGAGGAACAUACUGUUUGAAAGAAACAGAAGAGUGAUGGACGUCAUUUCUCGUUCGCAGCUUUACUUAGACGACCUGUUUACUGACUACUACGACAAGCGUUUCAGCAUGACCGAUAUUUCACUCAAAGAAGGGACUCACAUCCGGGUUAACUUACUGAACCACAACAUUCCCAAAGGGCCGUGCAUCCUCUGUGGGAUGGGGAACUUGAAAAGGGAGACGGUGUAUGGGUGCUUUCAGUGCUCUGUCGAUGGGCAGAAGUACGUGAGGCUUCACGCAGUUCCUUGUUUUGAUAUUUGGCACAAGAGAAUGAAAUAAAAUGAGAAAUGAAUGCACUUUGCUGGUGUUUAAGGUGCAACGGUGCCACAUACCUUUUCCCCCCAAAUGAACUGUGGCAAAUUAAAGGAGGAAAGAAAUUAACCUGGGCAUCGUUUUCUUCAUGUAUGACAUGCAGGUGACAACAGUCUCCUCAUAACUUGUAUGAAGGUGAAUAUUUUUAUGUGGAAAAAAAGGGCUUAAUUAUAAAAUGAAGGAUGUAGAUGCUCCUCCAUAAAACCUGCCACUUACAUUAGAAGUAUUUUGGGGGAUUUAGUCUAUCAUUUUAGGUAACUUUUUACAUAGAGAUUUUUUGAAAUACCAAUUUUAUUUUUAAUUGGCUUUUUACUAACAUUUAAAGAUGAAAGGCUGCACAAGAGGCGACUUUAUGGUGCUUUAACUCUUGCCCUGUUUCUGGUAAAAUGAGAAAAAAUGUGUUAAUAAUUUAUUGUAACCGAAGUGUUUGAUUGCAGUAUCAAGUUAAAAGCACACUGAGCUGUGUGGGGCGUUCUGUACACAGUUGACAGGGUGACUGAUAAUAAUAAUAAUGGGCUGCUAUGUACAGUUGCUCACUCGCUUUGGCUUUAUAAAACUCACUGCUGUCAUUUUAAAGUUAAGGCAGCUAGGAAAUGUUUAUUUCUUUUCCCCCCUGAAAAUAUUUUAAACAUUUAACAUAUUUAGUUCUGAGAUCUUUUUCAUCUACUCUGUAAGAUGUCUGAAAUUUGUCAUAAACAGCCUAAAAUUAUUUACUAUAUACUCUCAUGAAAAUAACUGCAAAAAUAAUAUGUUCAAAUUCUAGAACUCACAGUGUAUAAUUAUACCACUCAUUUCUAGGUAUAUGCCUAUGAAGGCGUAAUGCAGUCAUGUAAAUAUGAACUACUUGUGCACUAUAAGCAUGUAGAAUAAUUAAAAUUUUAUUUUUUAACUAAGGGUGAUUAGUUUCAGAAUCAAUCUCUGUAUUAACAUCAACUAUAAUCUUUUAAAAGUUAAGUUUAAAAGCACUUUGUAUGAAAACAAUGGGACAGAAGGUUAGAAUAAACUUUGUAUUAUCUGAUAAUUUUCAUUUAUAUCUUCUGUCACUGUAUUUUAUUUUAGACAGAGUAUAUGAUUCUAGGGCAAAUAUGGGGAUACAGACCAAACAAGGGCCUAGUGACUUUUUUAUACAAAAAAAGUGGGGGCAGUUUCCAAACCAAAGCAUAAUAUUAUCAACUUAGUUUACUUCUACUGAGCAGGUUUUUCUGAAGAAAGCAAAGAGAUGAAGUUAUAAAACCGGGCAGAGGAAUGAUGCAAUCUUGGCAGGAAAGAAAAAAAAUAGUAAAUGUUUUUGUUUUAUGAAGUGUCAAACUUUGUGCUAUGCCUAUGUGACAUCCACUAACCGGGUGGGUUUUGUGUUAUCCCUACCCUUUUAAGUAACAGAUUUUCUGGCAGUAUAUCAAAAGAGGUUAAAAGAUAGUGGUUUGGAAAGAGCAAGUUUCAGAAAAUGCAAAAGCUUUGUUUUGAACUCACCUGUUUUGAACAGAGCUAUUUACUGCCUGACCAUUCCUUCCUACACAUGCAGUAGGCUAAACCUUACAUGUUCUAAUAAACAUGUGCCCUUUCUUUGCUACCAACUGCAUCUACAGCAUCUCUCACCUCUUUUUCUCCACAAGUUGUACCAUGUCAUGAUUUGACCAUGACACAAAAUUGCCAUGGGACAUUUAUUUUGUUUCUCUUUUGAAAAUGUUUAAAACAUUUAACAUAUAGUUCUGAGAGAUAUUUAUGAAUCCUCAUUUCUAUCCUCAUUUGAUAUUUUCAUGUAUCCUCAUGUGUAAAAUAAAUGAUAUACAUUUAUAAAAAAUUUGAUGAGAUGUCAGUUUGUAAUGUUCAUUCAUAAUUAAUAACAAAAUCAUCGUGAAAUGAAAUGACAUAUGAUAGAAAUACUAGAGAAAAGAAACUACAGACUAAGAAAUACCAUGACAUCAAUUUAAAAAUCAAGACAGAAAGUUAGGGAUGGUAGAUAUAAAAGCCUAUGAGAAGGAAGAGGAGGGGCACAUUUAUCAUGAUGUCUAAAGGAGUACAAGACUCAGAGCAGUCUAGACUGUAUUAUGUCUGCUAUAAGAGGCACAAUUUGAUCAAACAUCUUUAACAAUCUCCCAUUGGAACAAAUAUAUAAAGUCAGAAGCUUGCAUCAAAAAGUACAGAGACUGUGUUGAAGCUCUCUGUGAGACAGGGUUAUACAACUCAUAUUUUCCUGCAUGCACACCAAAAGUAGACUGUUCAGUUCUAUGCUUUUUACAUACUACUACCUACUCGUAUGCUAUGAGAGGUAUAAACAGUGAAAUGUUAAUUUCUUGGUCCCUAUUGAAAAUUUUAAAAAUAUGGGCAUUUUAACAUUUAAAACAUUAAAAAAUGGUUACUUACAACAUGUGCACACGUUGUUAGAUUAGAGUUGGGAAGAGUUUUGUAGAUUUUGCUAUAGAUGUCCUCCAAAGUGGGAGAAUUGCCCACUGGGACACAGUCAGGUCAGUUUCAUGGUUCUGCAACUCAUGUUCACAGAAUUAAAUUUGCAACAUAGCCUCACAUUUAUUCCAAACUUACAUGAUUGAGGAGAU